ACCCCCGGGCCGCCCUCGCACCCACUGGAGCCUGGGCUCCGUCGGGGGUGAGCCUCAUUCAUUCAUUCCCCGUGGCGCUGAUGCUGGGCCUGGCUCUGCUCUCCCUGCCCUACAUGCUUCUCCGCCCUGGCUGCCGAAGGCCCCUUCCCGCCAUCUAAUGAUACACUCUGCAUACGCUUCUGUUGAAAAUUUGUGGCUAGACAUUCCUGUGGGACUGGGAAUCCAAAUUCUUGGGUACAAACAGAAACUUACUUUCCUUGGGGAUUUUUUUCUCUCUCUCUCUCUCUCUCUCUCUCUCUCGCUCACACACACACUCUCGCGUUCUUUCCUUUUUUCUUUUUCGUAGCAAUAGGGGGGGAAAAAAGAGACAAAACAAAACAAAACAAAACAAAAAACAAACAAAAAGCGACACCACCCCCCCCUUUUAUUUUCAAAAGUAGCCAGGAAAAAAUAAAACAACAGCCAACCAAGUCAAUCCCAACCCGACCCCCUGAAGGUCUGAUUUCUCGCCUUCCUCAGAGAGGGGCAUGGCUUCGAACAGCAUCUUCGAUUCCUUCCCGACCUACUCGCCAACCUUCAUCCGCGACCCGAGCACCAGCCGCCGCUUCACACCUCCCUCCACGGCCUUCCCCUGCGGCGGCGGCGGCGGCGGCGGCGGCGGCAAGAUGGGCGAGAACAGCGGCGCGCUGAGCGCGCAGGCGCCCGUGGGGCCCGGCGGGCGCGCCCGGCCAGAGGUGCGCUCGAUGGUGGACGUGCUGGCGGACCACGCGGGCGAGCUCGUGCGCACCGACAGCCCCAACUUCCUCUGCUCCGUGCUGCCCUCGCACUGGCGCUGCAACAAGACGCUGCCCGUCGCGUUCAAGGUGGUGGCGCUGGGGGAUGUGCCUGAUGGGACGGUGGUGACUGUGAUGGCAGGCAAUGACGAGAAUUACUCUGCUGAACUGCGCAAUGCCUCGGCAGUCAUGAAGAACCAGGUGGCCAGAUUCAACGACCUUCGCUUCGUGGGCCGCAGUGGGCGAGGGAAGAGUUUCACACUGACCAUCACCGUGUUCACCAACCCCACCCAAGUGGCCACCUACCACCGAGCCAUCAAGGUGACCGUGGAUGGACCCCGGGAACCCAGACGGCACCGGCAGAAGCUGGAGGACCAGACCAAGGCGUUCCCCGAUCGCUUCGGGGACCUGGAACGACUGCGCAUGCGCGUGACGCCCAGCGCGCCCAGUCCCCGCGGUUCCAUCAGCACCGCCAGCCACUUCAGCAGCCAGGCCCAGACCCCCAUCCAAGGCACCUCGGACCUGAACCCUUUCUCCGACCCCCGCCAGUUCGACCGCUCCUUCCCGGCGCUGCAGACCUUCACCGAGAGCCGCUUCCCCGACCCCAGGAUGCAUUACCCGGGGGCCAUGUCGGCCGCCUUCCCCUACAGCGCCACACCCUCGGGCAGCCUCAGCGUGGCCAGCGUGCCGGCCACCAGCCGCUUCCACCACACCUACCUCCCGCCGCCCUACCCGGGGGCCCCGCAGAACCAGAGCGGGCCUUUCCAGGCCAACCCGUCCCCCUACCACCUCUACUACGGCGCGUCCUCGGGCUCCUACCAGUUCUCCAUGGUGGCCGGCAGCGGGGGCGACCGCUCCCCCACCCGCAUGCUGGCCUCCUGCCCCAGCGGCGCCUCCGUCGCCGCCGGCAACCUCAUGAACCCCAGCCUGGGCGGCCAGAGCGACAGCGUGGAGGCGGACGGCAGCCACAGCAACUCCCCCACCGCCCUGAGCACGCCGGGCCGCGUGGACGAGGCCGUGUGGCGGCCCUACUGACCGGCCCGGGGUCAGAGCCCACUGCUCCCAACGGAGGCAGGGGCCCCCCGAACCUUCCCGACAAGUGGCCGGCGCAGCUCUGAGGCCCCGGACGGGAAUGAGACUUAACGCUCCGGGCCGGUCACGGGCCCGGGGUCCGCGAAUCCUGGGCUCCAGAGCCGGCAGGUGGCUCCGAGAGCAUCUAGUCCAGCCACGUCGUCGUACAGACAGGCGGGGACCUCCCUCAGGUCACUGCCCCCGGCCCAGUUCCUCUUCAUCUCACCCCACGUGGGGAAAGUCUCCUGCCGCCUCCCCCGGAAUGACCUAGCUGUCCCCAGCUACGCCCGGUGCUGUCACGGGGCCCAGGUCCCCUGGGGCGGAGACCAUCUCUGUUCCAGACAGAGGUGACGUUUGCCCGCAUGGCUUGGCCUCUUACCCACGGGGCCCUGGAAAGACCUCCCUGCCCCACCCCACCUUCCUCAGAGACCCCCACCCCCACCCCACGGGCCCAGCCCUCCCUCCACGUUCAUACAAACUGAGUCAGAAUUGGAAGGCCUCCCCACCCCUCAGAGGGUUUCUCCUCGUUGUAUAGAUGGGGAAGGGACCCACCGAGCGGCCCAGGAAAUCGCUGGCAGAGGUGAGAUGAUAAGACCCCCGAGCCAGCUCCCCACCCAGCUCUGCUUCCCUACAGUUCCCAGCAGCCCAAAGCCACCCCCCGCCGCCCCAGCUGUCUGUGGGUCCCAGGCCCCAGAGUAGACUAGCCAAUGGCAGCAGGUCCCUAAAACCAGGAAAGACACCUGCAGGCAGGUCCUCCAUGCACUUUACCAGCCCAAGGCAUUCACCCUCUGUUCUCUUGGUGGAGGGCCAGGGAUCCCCCCUUCCCUCUAGGCUGGUCUCGAAAUUGCCAUUUUUGGAGAGAGCGCAGGGACCAGAAAGGUCCUAGCAGAAGACAUUGGGUGGGAGGUCGUGGGGCCGGAUUUCAGCGUCCUGUCCCAUGUAGGUCCAGCCAAGCUGUGCGCCCCCAACCCCCAACCUUGUGGGCAGGCCCGGCCAGAGCCUCUGACAGCUCUCCAUCUUUAGUCUGUGCUCCAAAAGCGGUCUGGAACAAAAACCGGUUUCGAAAGCUGAUUUUAGAAAAAGAAGCCUCGAAUGUUUUCAGACACACUGUCUGUCACAGGUAAAGCCCUAUCGUAGCGAACAACAUCCCCUCUGCCUUCUGAGAGUGUGGAACUGUUAACAGCCCUCCACACCUCCCCCAGAGGCCAUGCUCCUCCAGCAAGCGUCCCACCGACUUCCACCAAAGGCCCACGUUGGUGGGGACCAGAGGGAAACCCAGGUGAUGCUGGAAUUCACAUCCGUGGCUCGUAGACAUUUGUAGGGGUGGAGAGCCGUGGCCGCGUGAUGGCGGAACAGAAGAGCCAUGAAGGGCCCAGCAGCCUCAGCUCAGCACCCCCUGGGCUCAGAGGUGAAGUAUCGCCCCUUUAGCUUGCAAAUGGGGAAGCCUCGGGGUUCAGGCUGCAUAGAGUCUCAUGUCUGAGUUUAAUUCUAAAAAGGCGUAAAUGGAAAAGGACAAGAAAACCCUUAAGGGCUAGACAGCGUGUGGUUUCUCGUCAGUUUCAGCCACAUCCUCUGUGGAUGUGACAAUCUCCCCUCCUUAGCUGUCGUCUCUGUAAUAGCUCUCGGCCUGCCGUGCCGCCCCCGACCUGUAACAGCAGCCAGAUGAUGCACACCGGAUACACACUCCGGCGGCAAGUUAGGAAGUCCUUCUGGUAACCUUACUCAGACCUCCCCUGCUGCAGUUUCUUUCGUCCUGUCCUCACUGGAAAGAGCAGUCUCCAUCUCUUGACGAUGGCUGCGGGGGGUGUCCUGCUGACUCCCUACACCCAGGGGGGCUCUCCACCCCUUCUCAGGAAGCAGCUACAGACCCAUCACCCUUGGACCUUGCUCACUCCUGUCCUCUGUGGUUACAGACCGGCCCCCAGGCCCGCGGGGGGAGGCACCCUUGGGUUCCCAGCGCCCAGCACUUUGUAGCCCCACUCUGGAUUACUAGCCCUUCCUGAUAGCCAAGCCCUGGUAGGGGCAGAGACAGGAAAUAAAUUGAUCCCCCCCUUCCGCCCCCUGACUAAAAGUGAUGAUAGCCAUGCCGAGUCUGAUUCUAAGGCCCAUAGUGGGUACAGAGAGCAGGGGCUGCUAAAAAUGGGUCCUUAUUUACGAGGCUGCUUUAAAGUUGUAUUAGGCAAACACACUGAUUGAGAAAGCACAAGGAAACCGAGGGGUUGUGAUACCACGUUACUGUAAGCCUGUUGGUGGCGGGUACAGAUCCUUUGUGACAUAUUGUCACGUCGAGGUGUUAGUACCUGCCACACACCUAUCUUCAGUAAAUCCGUCCCAGAGCUGGGAAGAGGGUGGGGAGGGGUGGAAACUGCUUUGCACUAUAAUUUGCUUGAUGUGUUUGUUUUCAAUGCACAACUUGCUUGUACAGUAAACUGUCUGUCUUCUGUACUAUUUAACUGUAAAAUGGAAUUUUGACUGGUUUGUUACCAUAAUAUAACUCGGAGACGUGUUGAAGGA